AUGCUCCUUAUCGCGACGGUCGCCGCUGCUGUCGCUUCCGCUGCUCGUGCUGCUCGUGCUGGCCGUGUUUCCCGUGUCACUACAAGGCACCAUAGCCUCCCAACCACCACCUUCCGCUACUCCCCCCCACCUUCCCAGCAGCAGCAGCAGAUUCUGCCGAGACAGGAGGAGCGGGCGCGUGAGAUGACGACGGCAGCGACCUCAUCAUCAUCACACUCUUCCCCCUUCUCCCCCUUUCCCCUCCCCUCCCUCCCCCCACUUCCCCCCUCCCCCGCAUUCCGAACAGCAACGGACUCUGCCGACUCAGCAGGCGCAUGGGAUGACGACGGCAGCGAUCUCACGGUCAUCACGCUCGCGGAUGCUGACGUGCCCGACAUCGUCGACGAUGACACGUCAGCAUCCUCCUCUUCCACGCCAUCGUCUUCGUCGGUCUCAAUUGCUUCCGACAGCGCGGGGGAGGGGAUGGUCAUCGGGAUUGUCGACACGGGCAUUUGGCCGGAGCACCCUUCGUUCAGUGAUCCCGUGAGUGGUGGCCAGGCAGGUGUGAGAAACGGUCUACAGUGGUCUGAGUUACUCCCUCUUUCCCAACCCCCUUCCCCCAACCCCCCAGGCGGUGGCGAGGCAGGUGUGAGCUUACCUCCUCCCCCCAAUUCCCCUCGUCCCCCUCUCUCCCCCCCUUCCCCCAGGCCUACAAGCCCUACUGCAGCCCCCCAGGCGGUGGCGAGGCAGGCCUACAAGCCGUACAGCAGGCCCCCCAGGCGGUGGCGAGGCCGGUGUGAGAGGCGGGCGGAUUUCAGCGCGUGCAACCGCAAGGUGAUUGGAGCGCGGUUCUUCAGCAAGGGCUUUAAGAGGAACGUGGGGGCCAUCAGCAGCAGCGCCGACUACCUUUCGGCUCGCGACGCGGAUGAGCAGCAGCAGGCAACGGGCGUGUGCAGUAUGCGACAGGCACGGGUUAUUCAUAUGGCAACGCCAGUGGAACUACCCCUCCCUUCCUCUCCUCACUCCAAUUCUCCUCCGAACCCUUCUCCACCCUUCCUCACCACUUUCAGAGCAGCAGCAGGCAACGGGCAUGUGCAGUACGCAGCAGGCACGGGCUAUUCAUACGGCAACACCAGCGGCAUGGCUCCCCGCGCUCGGCUCGCCAUCUACAAAGUUCUCUGGAAGCAGAGAGACGGGCAGACGCUCGCAACGUACUCGGACAUCCGCGCAGCCGUUGAUGCGGCCGUAUCCGACGGUGUGGAUGUGCUCUCCAUCUCCCUGGGAGGGAACGUUCCGAGCUAUUUCUCAGACAUCGCGUAUCUCAAUGCUGCAAAGGCUGGUGUGUUUAUUGCAAUGGCUGCGGGAAACUCUGGCCGCCCGAAUCCCAAAAAGCUGGUCGGCACCAUUGGGAAUGCCUCGCCCUUCUACCUCACUGUCGGCGCCAGCUCCAUAAGCCGGUACUACAAUCUGCAAAUGACCCUCGGAGACGGGUCGCAAAUCACUGGCGUGGGAACUACCCCUCCUCCCGUAGGCACCAACGGCGCAGUCUCUCUCAUAGGUUCCGGGACAGGGAGUGGGGGAGUGGGAGGAGGGGGAACAGGGGGAGGAGGGGAGAGUAGUGUCAGCUGCAGCAGUGGAAGUGACACUGAUGUUGCUGGUGCUGCUGAUGUUGGCGGCACUGAUGGACAAGCAGCCACAUAUGUUGUAACCAUAUCGUCGUUGAAGCCGGUUGCGGCCUUCCGGUUUGGGUCCAUCACGUGGAAGGACCAGUAUGGCCAUAAUGUGCGCAGCCCACUUGUUGUAAGAUCCGCUCUGGUAUAG